UUGAUUGUGUGUGUGUGACUGGUGCAUUGCAGCAUCCCACUCGGGCUCCCGUAGAAAAACACCGUGACGUGGAUGAGGUCUUAAGAAGCAUCAGGAUAAUCCACGUAACGGUCCACCAUCAUCAUCCUCUUCAUCCGCUGAACCGUGAGCCAUGGCCGCACAGAAGAUCAACGAGGCGCACGAUCACAUCGCCAAAGCGGAGAAAUGUCUAAAGACAAGCAUGACCAAGUGGAAACCAGACUAUGACGGAGCAGCAUCAGAGAUGGCAAAAGCAGCUGUGGCUUUUAAAAACGCCAAGCAGUUCGAGCAAGCAAAGGAUGCGUAUCUCAAAGAGGCGGAAUAUCAGACAGAAAACAAAACACUCUUUCAUGCAGCCAAGGCAUAUGAACAAGCAGGCAUGAUGUUAAAGGACAUGAAGAGAAUGCCGGAAGCUAUUCAGCUGAUAGAGAAGGCCAGUGUGAUGUAUGUAGAGAACGGGACAUCUGGAACUGCAGGGAUAGCUUUAGACAGGGCAGGAAGACUCAUCGAGUCGGUGGAUCUGGAGAAAGCUGUGGAUUUGUACCAGAAAGCUGCUUCGGUGUUUGAGAAUGAAGACCGUCCACGGGAGGCUGCAGAACUUCUGGGUAAAGCCUCCAGGCUUCUGGUUCGACUGCGCAGAUUGGAUGAAGCUGCCGUGUCCAUUCAGAAGGAGAAGAACAUGUACAAGGAGAUUGAGAAUUAUCCCACGUGCUUUAAGAAAACCAUCGCUCAAGUUCUGGUGCAUCUACACAGAGGAGAUUUCGUAGCAGCAGAUAAAUGUGUCAGAGAAAGUUAUAGUCUCCCAGGGUUCAGUGGGAGCGAGGAUUGCGUUGCUAUGGAGACAUUACUGGCAGCCUUUGACGAGCAGGAUGAGGAUGGGGUGAACCGCGUGUGUAACUUGCCUUUACUCAAGUACAUGGACAAUGAUUACGCCAAGUUGGCCAUCUCUCUAAAGGCCCCGGGAGGAGGUGGAGGAAAGAAGAAGAAAACCCCUGCAGCUCCUCAAGGAGGAAGCACAGCGCCACCACCAGCCGAGGAGGAGGAGGAUUAUGAGGGAGGUUUGUGUUAAUGGAACUACUCGAGUGUGUGUGUUUGUGUGUGUAAAUGGACAUAUAAGUGUUUUCUCUUUUUUUAUCCAAUGUGAAAUCAAGUCCUGGUUAUGAUAAAUUCUGUUCCUGUUUGUUCUGUUUGUUUACAAAUGAAAUGAAGUCGUGGACUCUGUAAUUUUUUUCCUCAUUGUUUUAAGAAAAUUAGAAGUUCUGUUAAAGUCUGUAAAAUGAUGUAUAAACUAUUAUAUAUGAUAUUGCGGGUCAACCCACGAAAAAUACUGAGUGCAUUUUUAACAGUGUAACCACAAGCUGCACCAACCUGCAAAUAGUAGGGAAUAUUAUCGCGUUAUCGCAAUAGCAAAAUUGUCUCAAUAUUAUCGUGGUCACUUGACUCUGUAAAAUGAUUGGUGUAAAAUGAUAGGUCUUCAAGGCCUAACAUAGAGAAUGUUAGAAAAAAUAAUGGAUCUGGUGCAAUUAUUUUAUGUUAUAAAAGGGAUUUUUAGGAUUUGUCCCAUCUCUUACUAUUACUCAUACCUCUAAGCACCAGUAAUGAUGAGAGGAUAAACAAAAGAGGAUGAUUUUAAAUAUUGCACAGUGGACUUUAUACUGAGGUAUUAUUGUAAAGUGAGAUUUUGAUAUUGUUACAUCCCUACAAAAUAGUCAAAUAAAAAAAAUUGUGCCGCUCCGAAUUACCCAAAUGUUAUUUCCAACAGGACUGCAUUACUGUUUCUCUUAAGUCUUAAACAAUGAAUGAAAAACACUAGAGCUGUUUGAUGUAUAUAUGUUGAAUUUGUUAUGAGAGUUAAUGAGAUGUUUUACUCUGAUAUGAAAGGUGUAGUUGUGUGUACAUACUGGCUUUAUGGUUUAGUUUUAUUUGUCCACAGUCUGUGAUGUCGAGUGAUGUCCGAUCAUUUAUACAAUUUGUAAAAUAAUAUUUAAUUGUCCAUCAUUGUACAGUCAUUAAGUCUGUGUGUUGAAAUGUUAUGUAGUUGCACAAUGCUCAGUUUCCAAACACACCAUCAGACAAAAGAAAAUAAUCCUGAAUAAAUCACGAUACACUGUUUUGUCAUCGUCUGCUAUUAAAACUGUUUCAUGUUUGUUGAAUCUAGUGUCAUUCGCCUUGUGUUUAAUCCAACACUGAUGACUAAAAAAUUAACAUAUUUCUCGACUUGAAAGAGGGAAACACCAUUUUCAACCUAUUAUUAUCAAGUAUUUCAGGGCAGGAUUUGAAAGAUCAAAUAAACAUAUGAACAGGUGAA